UAUGGGCGAGUGCGGAUUUACGUUGAAAUAUGAAUCAUUAAGAUAGUAUGACAAUAACAUUAUACUUUUAGAAACAUACUUUCCGUGUCACCGCGUUAUCGAUUAUAUAAUAAUUAUAAUAAAAUAUUAAUUGAACCACGGGAUAAUAACCGACGAGCGUCUCGCAAAGAAAAAGGUGGUGCCUUUAGUGGUGCAAGGUACGCCGUAUUAUAAUUACUGUAAUAGCAUCCCAACGCGGACACGAAGCGACACAGUGCCGUGUUGUUGUUGUUGUUGUUGCCCCGCUGCUGUAUUCUGCUUCUGGUGGGGCAGCUCCCGUAGGUUUCUGUUGGGCGUAGUCUCGCUCAUAUAGGACUGCCGGCGGUUAGGAAGCCGACGCAGAGUGGCUAUGGACACCAUCAUCGGGGUAGCCGUGGCGUUUAUGCUGUUGCUGCUGUUGUUGGUGGCGUACGGCAGACGCAGAGCACGACUCGGCGGCGGCGGAGACGACGGCAUCGACAGUACCGCUGAACAUGGUAACGAGCAAUGCCGAAUACUCAACGGCCCCGCCGUUUUUCCCGUCAUCGGCUCGUUGCACGCCAUGGAAGGGUACCAGGACAAACCCUUCCGCCGUUUCACUGAGUUGGCCCGUCAGUAUGGACCCGUGUACAGUAUGCAGAUGGGAUCGGUGCCUUGCGUGGUAGUCAAUGAUUUUGAGUCUAUCAAAGAAGUACUAAUAACAAAAGGCGCACAAUUUGGUGGUCGUCCGGACUUCAUUCGAUACAACGUCUUGUUUGCGGGUGAUAGAAAUAACUCUUUAGCGUUAUGUGAUUGGUCUUGGUUACAAGAAGCAAGGCGUAAAAUCGCUCGAAUGUAUUGUUCGCCAAAAGUUUGUUCGUCUAACUAUCAACUACUAGACACUAUAGCAUCUGAAGAGUUGGAAGUUUUUCUAGAUUCUUUGGCGAGUGUUUGUGAUGAAAAAGCGGAAUAUCGCAGUAUACAAAUUAAACCGCUACUGUUGAUGUCUUGUGCCAACAUGUUCCUCCGGUUCAUGUGCACCAAACAAUUUUCCUACGACGAUCGAGAAUUCCAGAGUAUGGUACGGACGUUUGAUGAGAUAUUCUGGGACAUUAACCAAGGUUAUGCGAUAGAUUUUAUGCCGUGGUUAAAGCCAUUUUAUGUCAAACACAUAAGUCAAUUAUCCAAAUGGUCUACAUCGAUAAGAGAAUUUAUAAUGAAAACAAUCAUAACAGAAAGGAGUACUUAUACAGCGGUCGAAGAUAACGAACCUUACGAAGAAAAAGAACCCAGUGAUUUUACUGAUGCUUUGUUGUUAAGUCUACGUAAAGAAUCUGGGCUUAAUAUGCAACACAUUUUGUUUGAGUUAGAAGAUUUUAUUGGCGGUCAUUCAUCUGUCGGAAACUUAGUUAUGCUUUCCCUAUCUAUGAUAGCUAUACGACCACACGUCAUCGAAACCAUCAGAGCAGAAGCUGAAAAAGUGACUGGUGGAAAACGUUCAGUUCGUUUAUAUGACAAACCUGAAAUGCCAUACACCGAAGCGACCAUGUUUGAAACUUUAAGGAUGUUGUCCUCGCCAAUUGUUCCUCAUGUAGCUUCAGAAAAUACGUCAAUUAAAGGUUUCAAAAUCACCAAAGGUACGUGCAUAAUCAUAAACAAUCAUGAAUUAAAUACUAGUGAAUUGUACUGGGAAAAUCCAGAAAUAUUCGAUCCAAAUAGAUUUAUUCAACGAAAACCGGACUCUAAACCGUGUGUGCGAAAACCAGAACAUUUUCUGCCAUUCAGCACAGGUAAGAGGACGUGUAUAGGCCAGCAACUGGUUUCUGGAUUUGGAUUCGUUUUGCUAGCGGGUAUACUUCAGCGAUACGAAGUCAGAGCUACCGACCAACUGAUCCUACCCGAAGCACGUCUAGCUCUACCCCCAGAUACGUUUCCUUUAUUACUGAAGCCUCUUAAAAGACUUUAGUAAAACAAUCUACAUCGCCAUUAAAAAGACUGUUUAUUUGCAAUUUGUUUGUCGUUUAUGUACUUGUUUUAACUAUUAUUAAUAUUAUUUAUACAUUUUAAUAUGAGUUUAUUAGUUAAUAAAGAUAAUAUAUGAUAGAUAUAAGAUAAUAUAAGUUAAUUAAGUAAAUAAUAGUUAAAUAAGAUGUUCUUUUUUUAUAUUUGAGUAUUAUUAGAUAAUUUAGGACAAACAUAAUUUCUAUCUUAAGUUUUUAUCAAAUGAGUAUAAUGAUGAGCCUCCGAUAAAAAAACUGAAUAUUUAUUUUAUAGGUUUCAUAAUAACUGCGAUUUGUGUUAAUGAUUAUGUGAAUUUUUAAUAAAAUAACUUGUGAAGUUUAAAUAA